GAGUUGGAAGUUGCAUUUGAAGGACAUUCAAAAAAUUGAACAAUAUGGAAGGAGCCUGCUCGUUUAAACCAUUGAUGGGGAACUCGUAAUCAGCACCGUUAAAGAUGUUAUUUUAACGAAAGGUGUCUUUGCACGUUAGCUAAACCGGUCAAACUGGACCGUGCUGAGGAAAGAAAGUGCAGUUUGUUCCCGAUUCACUGACUCACUGCUGGGGUCCUGCAAAGGAGAGCAACAAUGAAGUUUGCUCAGUUCUUGCUGAAAAACGGCUCCGUGGUAGGGAUACCGAAACAAGUGGAGAGGUUUGCUAAGUUUUCUCCCUCUCCCCUGUCCAUGAAACAGUUCAUUGACUUUGGCUCUGCCAAUGCAUGUGAAAAGACCUCCUUUGUGUUCCUACGGCAGGAGCUUCCUGUCAGACUGGCCAACAUCAUGAAGGAAAUUGAUUUUCUCCCUGACAAACUCCUCAGCACGCCAUCCCUAAAGCUCCUCACUAGCUGGUAUUCACAGAGUUUGUUGGAGCUUGUUGAUUUUUUAGAAAAGAAUCCAGAUGAUAAGGAUGUCCUGAGAAGCUUCACACAGACUCUGGUGAACAUCCGUAAUCGGCACAACAACGUGGUGCCCACCAUGGCUCAGGGCGUGGUGGAGUACAAGGAGGCCUUUGGCGUGGACCCCGUCACUAACCAGAAUGUCCAGUACUUCCUGGAUCGCUUCUACAUGAGCCGCAUCUCCACACGCAUGCUCAUGAACCAGCACACAUUGAUCUUUGAAGGAAGUGUGAAUCCGGCCCAUCCCAAACAUAUUGGCAGCAUUGACCCCAGCUGUGACGUUGCGGAGGUAGUAAAAGAUGCCUAUGAGACCUCAAAGAUGCUCUGUGAGCAAUAUUAUCUGACAUCUCCUGAUAUCGAGAUCACAGAAGUCAAUGCCAAAAACCCUGGCCAGCCCCUCCACAUUGUCUACGUGCCAUCCCAUCUCUACCAUAUGCUGUUUGAGCUUUUCAAGAAUGCCAUGAGAGCUACAGUAGAGACCCAUGAGACAAGUCCAAUGUUGCCUCCGAUCAAAGUGCAAGUCUCACUCGGAAGCGAGGACCUCACUAUCAAGAUGUGUGACAGAGGAGGUGGAGUCCCUCUGAGGAAGAUCGAGCGCCUGUUCAGCUACAUGUACUCCACGGCUCCCAGUCCAGUCCACGUAGACAACUCUCGAAAUGCACCUCUGGCUGGUUUCGGUUAUGGCUUGCCCAUCUCUCGUCUGUAUGCCAAGUACUUCCAGGGAGACCUGCAGCUCUACUCUAUGGAGGGCUAUGGCACCUCAGCUGUCAUAUACCUGAAGGCCUUGUCCUCAGAGUCAGUGGAGAGACUUCCUGUUUUCAACAAGUCAGCCUUGAGGCAUUAUCAGACAGCCACAGAGGCCGAUGACUGGUCCAUGCCCAGCAAGGAUCCGAGGAGAGUGGGCAAGUAUGAGAGGACUCGAUGAUCGUGGGCUGAAUGAGCAUGUGGAGGACACUCAAUAUGAAUAAGAAGUUGGAAGGUAAACUUGUACUGUAUAUGGGAGAAGGCAUUUCAUGUCUUCAGUGUGUUGCUGGACCUGGAGCUGUGAGGGGAAAAAAACACCCACUGUUGGUGUCACGAAUCUGAUAAAUGCUGCUGAAAUAUUAUUACCAGCAUCCGGACAAUUUAACCCAACAAAGCCUCACCACAUUUACUUUGAUCAUAGGAUGAUUACAGGCUGCUAAUACUGGCUCACUGCCUCACUUGUUAAGCUCACUUUUCAGUUAUUUAGUUACAAUAACAUGGUUACACUGUGAAACAACUGUUUCAGGUUUUCUUUUCUCUGAAAAACCAUCACUUCACGGUUUAAUGACUGAUUCGCUUUGGUUAAUGAAAUUACAGGAUAACUUUGUGUUUUAAUGAAGUUAAAUGCAUAUCCAGGCCUUGAAAAUCCUGGCCAAAUCCAGCUACAGUUGGCUCACUUAAGUUAAACAGAAUGGGAACGUGUUCAGUAACUCCAGCAUAAACACAAAGGGAGCAAAGUCUGUUCCCCCACUUUUGUUCAUGCAGGCAUUUUCAGUCAUUGCAGCAUUAUUUCUUACAUACAACUUCUGCAUAUUUUUGCAGUUUUCGUACAGCAUUUCAGAGAUACAAUAACGAGUAUUUGCACUAGUUAUGCAUGGUGUAAAAUUAAAUUAUUUUGGCUUUGAUGAAAUCAGUGUAAAAUCAGUUGUUCCGUUUUUAGCCUUUUAAUAAUUCUUUUUAAUGAAGGAUUCUGUUGUUAACUGAAGUACCUGAAUGUGUACCUGCCUUGGCCUUCAAUGCAUGCAAAUUGGGUUUUAAAAGCUGAAUUGUGUCAAUAUUGAGAUAAUGUGUGGGACAUAGAGUGAAACGAUAUGUGUCUUUCUGGAGACGCAGAACUGUUAAAAUGUAGUAUUGCAGCACAUUUAAUCUUAAUAUGUAUUGAUAAUAAUUAUUUUAAUUCUCAAGUUAACUUACGUUAACUAACGUUUGCAGUAAUUUUCCUCCUGUUGAAGUUAAUCGCGGUAGGAGUUAAAACACAUACUUUAUAAACCUUUUGCAAAAAAGUUUUCAGUGUUCUCAGUGAUGUUGAAGGUUAUUUUAGUCUUUUAUAAUGAUGCAUGUGUUGUAUAAUGAUGUGACUUACUUCAGAGGAUGUGAAGGCCUGUGUGAAAUGGCAAAUGUUUCACUGUACUUCAUCUUUCUGCUGCUGUAAGCCAUCGUGUGAGUUAAGUGUAUCAGAAGCAUAGGAACACUACAGGCAGAUGUUCAGACAGAUAUGAUCUUAUCUGUAGAUGAAAUGCUCUACAUUCAGACACUGCACUUCUCAAUUGAGUCUUUGCCAAGUUUUGAGAACCUGAUUGAAAUCAUUUUAUAUAAAUUCAUUUUUAUGUUUUAGGAACAUUUUACACUGUAUAAAUAUCACUGUCAAAGGCCAACUGUUACUGUAAUGAAGUUGUGGCUCACCACUAAAAGGACCAGUGAAUGUAGAAAAUAAAAAUCUCCGGUCACUUCUCAGCAGGUCUUUCACCCUG